GCUGAUGCGGGUAACCUAACCAUACUUUUUAAAAAGUUGAAAUGUUUUGUAAACAAAUAUAUUGAACAGUGAUUCCUAAAAUAAUUUCAAAUAUGUUGAAGAACACACUAUCGUUUAUCCGUUCUAGCUACUCCUCAACUGCGUUUUCGGUGAAAGAAAAACUAAAAGCAAAGGCAUGGCAGUUACAUGAAUAUGGAGAUACAAGUAACCUGAGGUUGGACUAUUCGAGAUUGCCAGUUAUAAGAAAGCCAAAUGAGGUUUUGGUUCAAGUAGAAGCAGCUUCAGUAAACCCUAUAGAUUUAUAUAUGUUAGGAGGAUAUGGCCAAACAUUAUUUCAAAUUCCAAGAAAUUUUGAACUAGAAUUUCCUUUAAUAUUAGGUAGGGACUUUGCUGGAACUGUUAUAUCAACUGGACAUGGUGUGUCUAAAAUCAAAGUUGGGGACCCAGUAUAUGGUUUUGUGCCUUUACAUAAACCAGGUUCUUUUGCAGAGGUUGUAUUAAGUGAUGCUUGUCAUCUUCAAUCAAGACCUAAACACUUGAGCCCUGUACAAGGUGCAAGUUUAGUUUAUUCUUCAAUGACUGCCUGGAGUGCAUUAUUCUUGUUUGGGAAUCUCUUGUUGAAGCAAAAAGAAGGUAUUAGAGUGUUAAUUCUUGGUGCUUCAGGAGGAGUAGGCACAGCAGCUGUACAACUGUUGAAGUCCCAGAACUGUGUGGUGUACUGCACAUGUGCAAAAGAUGCAGUAGAUCUAGUUUACUCGUUAGGGUCAGAUUGCGUUUUCAGCUACACUGACCCUGAUUAUGAAAAAAACGUAGAACUAGAAACUAGGUAUAACAUAAUAUUGGACUGUGCAAAAAUAGGCUAUGAUAAAAUACCUGCAACAUGGCAAUACGAUACCUAUAUUACAUUAAACUCCCCUUUGUUGACAAACACGGACAAACAAGGCCUACUUGCUGGUUUAGCAGUUAGUGCAAGGGACUUCGUGAAAUCUAACUUUGACAGCUGUCAGAAAGGAAGUCAAGUUAAAUGGGGAUUUUUCGUCCCUUCUGCAGAUGGAUUCAAGUUUGUACAUGACCUGAUAUCCAAAGAAAAGAUACAACCUGUCAUUCAGAAGACAUUCAAUUUUGAACAACUGCCAGAUGCCAUCAAGGCUGUUAGUGAAGGUCACCUUCGUGGCAAAAUAGCUGUCGAUUUUAAUAAAUAGGAUUUAUCAAAUUCGUGAAAUAAAUUCUCAACGUAAGGUCGCGGACCACUGAGAAGACGAUGUGAUUUGUGGCCAGCAUUGCAACUAUACCCUCAGGACAAAGUUUCUCAAUCAAAGGCUCAUGCAUCAUGGGCAUCUGUUAAAUGUUUCAUGAUGCUUGAUUUGUAAAUCAGUUUAGCUCAUUCCCUUGUAUUAUUUAUUUCAAACUAGCUUUGUACAUUUACCUAUCUUUAAGAAAUAUUCAAAGAACAGUGUAUUCCAUGUUUCAAAGACAUAUAAAAUUGAAAUGUCGAUGACAUUUUUUUCUAAUAUUCUUAUUACAUAACUUCUAGACAACUCAGUCUUGGCAAUAAUUCCUGGAAAGAAAAAAUUAUUUAGGGCAAGUUAUGCAGGGUGCCUAAAAAAGCAUACAUCUACACCAUUUGUAAAAUCAAUACUUAGUUAGUCUAUAACAUGUUGCAUUUGUUUUGCAAAUGAAGUUUAACUAUCCAGAGAUGAGGCUGUCACAUUUGUCAAAAUCACUUGUGAAGCUUCAAUCAAGACCUAAACACUUGAGCCCUGUACAAGGUGCAAGUUUAGUUUAUUCUUCAAUGACUGCCUGGAGUGCAUUAUUUUUGUUUGGGUAUAUCUUAUUGAAGCAAACAGAAGGUAUUACAGUGUUAAUUCUUGGUGCUUCAGCAGGAGUAGGCACAGCAGCUGUACAACUGUUGAAGUCCCAGAACUGUGUGGUGUACUGCACAUGUGCAAAAUAUGCAGUAGAUCUAGUUUACUCGUUGGGUUCAGAUUGCAUUUUCAGCUACACUGACCCUGAUUAUGAAAAAAACGUAGAACUAGAAACUAGGUAUAACGUAAUAUUGGACUGUGCAAAAAUAGGCUAUGAUAAAAUACCUGCAACAAUGCAAUACGAUACAUAUAUUACAUUAAACUCCCCUUUGUUGACAAACACGGACAAACAAGGCCUACUUGCUGGUUUAGCAGUUAGUGCAAGGGACUUUGUGAAAUCUAAAAUUGACAGCUGUCAGAAAGGCAGUCAAGUUAAGUGGAGAUUUUUCGUCCCUUCUGCAGAUGGAUUCAAGUUUGUACAUGACUUGAUAUCAAAAAAAAGAUAAAACCUGUCAUUCAGAAGACAUUCAAUUUUGAACAACUGCCAGAUACCAUCAAGG